UCGUGAAUAAACAUGUAUUUGCUAGGCAGCCGAAUGUAUGUUAAAUGUACAAAAUGCCACGUGGCUUUAUGUUUAAAGGACGCGCAUAUACGGUGUCAGAGUUCUGCGGCACAUCUGGAACAGGACGACAUUUUGAAAGGUGGUCCUCAUAGAAAGCACCCAGGUGUGACAAACCUCAAAACUGUGCGCCUGCCGGAGCAACUGCAGGUAGCAGCACAAUCUGUCUUAAAAAGAGCAACUGCAGGGGCAGAUGUAAAAAGUCUGAGUGAAAAGGCACAUAAGCUGUCCAACUUCCUUUGGAGCAGGAAACGGGUGAUAGAAACCUCUCAACUCAGGGAGAAAGCCGUCCUCCUUGAGAAUACAUUUUUGGAGCAAGAGAGGGAUAUCCAUACAGAUGGCAUUGACCGCAAACUAGAGGCUCGAAUAAGAGAGAGAGUAUUAUCUGAACUGAGAAGAACAACAUACCGCAGGACUCCCCUAAGGUACGAUGAAGAUCUUGGGUUGGUGUAUAUGGCUGCUAGGCUUGUAGGUGGUUAUGCUGCUGUCCUCAGAGCAUUAAAUGAAAUUAAGAAGAGAGAUCCUGUGUUUGUGCCAUAUUCUCUCCUGGACUUUGGAUCAGGUACUUGCUCUGGAGGCAUGAACACCUUGGCAGAACAGCUUCUUAGCGGGGGCAAUGAGGUGGAUAAUCCAGUGAUCAAACAAGUAUAUUUCCGCCAGUUCCUCCCUGUUUCUCCUAAGGUGCAGUUUGACCUUGUGAUAGCCGCUUUCUCUUUGUCAGAACUGGCCACUUUGGACGAGCGAGUGAAUGUUAUUUUCACACUUUGGAGAAAAACCAACUCCUACCUUAAUUACUGUUUCCUAGUGCAGUUCUUGGUACUUUGUAAAGGUAUUGGUGGAGAAUGGAGCCAAGGAUGGCCAUCAAAUCCUUAUGGAGGCCAGAGACACUAUACUAAAGAGAGAAGAGGAGGUCAAACAUGACUUGAGGAGACCAUCUAUAUUUGCCCCAGUGUGUUAAAAAAAAAUCAUGGGAGAUGGCCAGACUGAUCUCACAAGUCCGUCGCCGACCCAGACAUGUUCAGUGAACUCAAACAGCUUGCUGUAAUGGCCCGUUGUCAUGGAAAGUAAUGCUUUCAUUUAUUGGAUCUCUACUUGCAUUUUCAGUGAAUGACCUCUUUUUAACAAUAAUUUUCAUUGUCUAUUUUAACAGGGACAUGUACAAAUGUGUUCGUAGUAGUGACUGGGGUGAUCUGCUGUCAAUGUUUCAUGCAGAAGAUGACGAUACUACUACGAUAAUCUAUUAAUGCAGUG